AUGUCAACAGAUGGUUCUAAUGACAAAGACCUCGACAAAAUGAAUCCAAUCACGGUAAAACUUUUUGACAUUAACGCGUCAAGAGCGGUUACCCGUUUCCUAGACAUGGGAGUGACUCAGGGUGUGGAUGCUGCUAAGGCUUCUACAAUAUUUGAAGCAAUCGAUGAAGUUAAGACCGACAACAGUAUACCCUGGAAAAACUGCAUAGCCUUCUCUGUUGAUAAUACCAGUGCAAACCUUGGUCAGUUUAAUUCUAUUAAGACACGGGUACUUGAACGUAAUCCUGACUGUUAUUUUUUUGGAUGUCCAUGCCACAUUCUUCAUAAUACCGCCGGCAAGGCCUCUUCGCAACUGAAGGUUUGA